AUAAAUUUUGGUCAACCUCAUUCUCAUUCAUAUAUAAUAUUGAUAUCUAUAAUUUUGACUUUCAUCAAACUUCAACGUAUAAAUAGUCUUCGAAUCUUCAAACUUUAUCAUAAACACACACAACACUUCAAAAAAUCUCUUCUUCUUCUUCAUCGGUCUCAUAAAAAAUGGAUUACAGAGAAUCUGGAGAAAGUCAAUCCAAGUACAAAGGGAUCCGCCGCCGGAAAUGGGGCAAAUGGGUAUCGGAGAUCAGAGUUCCGGGGACUCGUGACCGUCUCUGGUUAGGUUCCUUCUCAACAGCUGAAGGAGCCGCCGUAGCACACGACGUAGCUUUCUUCUGUUUACACCAACCUGAUUCUUUAGAGUCUCUUAACUUCCCUCAUUUGCUUAAUCCUUCUAUCGCUUCCAAAACCUCGCCGAGAUCUAUCCAGCAAGCUGCUUCUAACGCCGGCAUGGCCAUUGACGCCGGCAUCGUCCACAGUAAUGGUUUUGUGUCGGGGAACACCGCGUAUAGUGAUACGACGACGUCUUCUGAGAGUGGUGGAGCUGAUGAAGUGGAGCCGUUGAAUAUUUCAGUGUAUGAUUAUCUGGACGGUCACGAUCACGUUUGAUCCAAGUGUCGGAGACAUUGCACUAAAGCACCAAAAUGGUUGUGAAUAUACAUUUUUAAGGUUUUGAUUAAUGUUUGGUUCACCGACUUCGUGAAGUUUGGGUCCAUUGUAUCCGAUUCUAUUAAAGAUAAUGUUUCGUGAUUGAAGAUUUGAACUUUGGUAUUCAAAAUAUUUUUGUAGGAUACAAACAUAUGUAAUCUGAUCAGCUAUUACAUUA